ACCGUAAGUGUGCUCUUCCAACUCAUGUUCCUUUACGACAGCUAGGCGCGAUGUUUGUCUUCCGCCACGGCUCGCGGCGCACAGCACAAGCUCUCCGCUGCACCUUACCGCACGUCACGCGAAGGCCAGCAUCAAGAAUUGCCAUACCACUCCCCUCCACGCCCCCUCCCGUCCCAUUGAUCGAGACAUGCCCUUCGCCGACAUGUCAAUGUCGAGAAACGCCUCCAGAUCUCGACAUCGAGCGUGAGACCGAUCUCAAUGGAUCGAUGGCAGCGUACGCAGAACAGAUCCUACUAUGCACUGGCAAGGAGGACUGGGAGAGCAAGACUGAGGAUGAGGAGGAUGCGGUAUUAUUGCGACAGCUAAGGAAAUACCUCGUAAGAGGCGGCAAAUAUGUCGAUCCAUAUCACAAUGUGCUUCUCACAUCCAGCUCGUUCCCAAGCGUUCAGCAGACGUCGACAGAUCCGACAUCACAUUCCGGCACCAAUGCGGGCCCUACGACAUCCGCGUUCCUACUUCCGAGCUUCCAAUUCGUGCCCUCAAUACCAAGCGACCCAGAAGCUGUGGAAGCCUUCAUCAAAGCCUUUGUCCUUCCAGCCAAACUUCACAAGUCAUACGAAGCCCUUUCGUGCGAACAACAGAAUCUUCUCUUACGUGAGCCCGAACGUCAACGACAAUUCACAGGGACGCGGACCGUUGACGAGAUCCUCGUCUUGAUCUGCGGGCAUGGUGGAAGGGACGAGCGAUGUGGAAAGCUCGGACCGAUUCUCCGGGACGAGUUUCAGGAGAAGCUACAGCGAGAGAAUAUCAGAAUACUGCGAGGAAUGCCGGACUCUUUGAGCGAAGAAGGGGCCGAGCAAUCGCAUGUGCGAAGCGCACCGGCCGCAAGAAUAGGGUUAAUCAGUCAUAUCGGUGGUCAUAAAUGGGCUGGCAAUGUGAUCAUCUACAUCCCACCAAGGUUCACAAGUAAUGCUCUUGCGGGUAAAGGGAUCUGGUAUGGAAGAGUUGCCCCAGAGCAUGUCGAAGGAUUGGUGGAGAAGACGAUAAUUGACGGGAAAGUAAUCAAGGAUCUCUUCCGAGGAGGGAUCGAUCGCAGCGGAGAAAUCAUCCGCCUAUAG